AGUUUCAAGGUAAUCCGGGAAGAACGAAAACAAUUGUAGAAAAAUGGAUAAAAAGCACAGAGACUUGUUGAGAAAGAACAGAUUGUUACUAGUAGAAGAUUUAGAAGCUACCCAGCUAUCCAAUUUUUUAUAUCAGGAGGGAGGUAUAUCGGAAAACGAUAUGCAAACCAUAAAGGCAAAACCCACGAGACAAGCUCAAGCGGAAAAGCUUCUGGACAUUCUUCCUCGUCGUGGACCGAAAGUUUUUGAUGUGUUUUGCCGAGCUCUUGAGCAAACUGACGGCCAAGGCCACCUAUUGGAUAUGUUGAAGACGAAUGGAUCACCUACCUCUGGAGCAGUGUCAAGCUCAAUCCAGGAUGGAAACAGAGGCAGCAUCUCACUGGAGCGGAGUGACGGCACCAGACAAAUUUAUUCAGAGCAAGUGGCUUUGAAAUCCAAUACCUCUACUUCAUCACAAGUCAAGAAGAAUGCUCUGCGUGGUUCUGAUGAUGAUGACUUGGUUUACUCCAUGAAGUGUGAACCUCAUGGCUUAUGUUUGAUUGUUAACAAUGUAGAUUUUGAGUAUCUUAGUAGAAGAGGUGGUUCUGAUGUGGAUGCAAAAAAACUUGAUGAAUUGUUUACUAAGCUUCAGUACAAGGUCAAAAUGGUCAGGAAUCAGACUUCAAAACAGCUCAAAGAAACUCUGACCCAGUUUGCAAGAUUGAAUGACCAUGGAAUGGCAGAUUCUGUUGUUGUCUGUCUCCUUAGUCAUGGGUUGGAAGGGCAAAUUUUUGGUGUUGAUGGAGUGCUUGUGUCCAUUCCAGAUCUUCUGGCAUUGUUCAAUGGUUAUGCAGCAAAAGAUCUCAUUGGGAAACCAAAGAUGUUUUUUAUCCAAGCUUGUCGUGGAAGUGAUUUUGAUCAAGGAGUAGAGGUAACUGAUGGUGGGUAUAUGUCUGCCAAUGAAGUUCCAGUUGCAGAGGCAAGAGCUACUGUUGUUCAGGCACACUUACCUGGAGUCAAACCUGAUACAGUUGUACCAGAGCCAGAACCAGAAUCACUCCCUGCUGAAGCUGACAUGUUAGUUGCUUACUCCACUGUUCCAGGAUAUGUUUCCUGGAACAAUUUGGCUAAAGGUUCCUGGUUUGUCCAAGCUAUAGCUGAUGUUUUUAGUGAUUAUGCCCAUACUGAAGAUGUUGUCAGUAUGUUGAUCAGAGUAAAUAAUAAAGUUGCCAGGGAGUUUGAGUCAUUUAAUAGAAAGAAACAGAUGCCAGCACCUGUAAUCAUGUUGACUAAAAAAGUUUUCUUUUUCCCUUCAUAGUAGGUGCGA